GGUUUUGCUGUGGAGGGGCGGUUUGGCUUCCUAAAUUCUCGCAUUAAAAUCCCUGAGAGUGGUUUUGCGGAAGCCUGCUUGAAUGGAGAGAUUGUGAUGGAUUUGGGAAGCCUUGACAGAAUGACUGUGCAGCCCAGAGCUCAGCAGAGGCAUCCUUGAGGAGAUGGUGAGGCCUCUGAGGGGCGGAUCUGUGGCCUGGCUGUAUCCAUCGUUGACUCUCACUACUGCCCCAGCUGCCUGGAAAACAUGCCUUCAGCUGAAGCCAAGCUGAAAAAGAACAGGUGUGCCAACUGCUUUGACUGUCCCUGCUGCAUGCACACCCUCUCCACACGGGCCACCAGCAUCCCCGCGCCGCUGCCCGACGACCCCGCCAAGACCACCAUGAAGAAAGCUUAUUACCUGGCCUGUGGCUUCUGCCGCUGGACCUCCCGGGACGUGGGCAUGGCAGACAAGUCUGUUGCGAGUGGUGGCUGGCAGGAGCCGGAGAAUCCUCACACACAGAGGAUUAACAAACUGGUUGAGUACUACCAGCAGCUGGCUCAGAAGGAGAAGAUCGAGCGGGACAGGAAGAAGCUGGUGCGGCGCCGCAACUACGUUCCGCUGGCCUUCUCGCAACACACUAUACACGUAGUGGACAAAUACGGCCUUGGAACGAGGCUUCAGCGCCAGAGGCCCGGAGCUCCCAUCAGUGCCCUCGCUGGCCUCUCCCUGAAAGAAGGAGAAGACCAGAAGGAGAUCAAGAUUGAGCCAGCUGAUGCAGUGGAAGAAGUGGAGCCUCUUCCUGAGGAUUACUACACAAGACCAAUCAAUCUGACAGAAGUGACCACUCUGCGCCAGCGCCUGCUGCAGCCUGACUUCCAGCCCAUCUGUGCUUCCCAGCUCUACCCACGCCACAAGCACCUCCUGAUCAAACGCUCGCUGCGCUGCCGGAAAUGUGAACAUAACCUGAGCAAACCAGAAUUCAAUCCAACAUCUAUCAAAUUCAAGAUCCAGCUGGUUGCUGUGAACUACAUCCCUGAAGUGAGAAUCAUGUCUAUUCCCAACCUGCGCUACAUGAAGGAGAGCCAAGUCCUUCUGACUCUGACUAAUCCUGUGGAGAGCGUCACACAUGUCACAUUGCUGGAGUGUGAGGAGGGAGACCCUGAUAACAUCAACAGCACUGCCAAGGUGGCAGUUCCUCCCAAGGAGCUUAUUCUGGCUGGCAAAGAUGCUGCAGCAGAGUAUGAUGAGCUGGCAGAGCCUCAAGACUUCCAGGAUGACCCUGACAUAAUUGCCUUUAGAAAAGCCAAUAAAGUGGGAGUUUUCAUCAAGGUCACCCCACAGAAAGAAGAGGGCGAAGUGACCGUGAGUUUCAAGAUGAAGCACGAGUUCAAAAACCUCACAGCUCCCAUCCGGCCCAACGAGGACGGUGACCACACCUCGGAGGUGAUCUGGCUCACCCACCACGUGGAGCUCAGCCUGGGCCCCGUGCUCCCCUAGCAGGGCUGGAUGGACUGCACCCCAGCAGGCGCUGCUGCAGGCUCUGCCAGCUGCUCUGUGGUGUGUGGGUGUGCCUCGGGCUGCCCAGCCCCAGGAGGGGGCAGAGGCUGCCGUGGCUUGGCCUGGUUUCUUCUCUCUCCCCUUGUCUAGUGCCCACUAACUGCUCCACUUCCCCUCACUGCCACAGGCUAGAGUAACUUGCAGCACGUCUUAGAGCACAGGAAAACCUCCCUCCAGGUUUGGCUUUAUCAGCAGAUGGUUAGGGCUGAAUUGGAUUUAUCAGCAGAAAAGAGCCCAUACUGUUUUUUUCUCCGUGUCAGCCCACCAACCUGAUGUUGCAUACCCAGUAAUGAACAACUUCUCUUUCACACGGGGCAAUGCCCUUCCCAAACAAACAUUUUAAGGAGUGUCCCUGCCUUCUGCAUUCUGGCAAGCUGCUGCCAGCAGCAUGAUCUUUUAGUUUGGUUUUCUGCCCCCUCACAGGAUACCUCAAGUGCAGGGGCUGGGCCACAGAGCCCUACCCCUCUGGCAUAUGUAGCUUGCUUAGCCGAGGUGGCAGAGAUUUUUUCACAAAAGAGUUGAUCAGUUUGCCUUUAAACUUUAAACAUAGUGUACUGUAGUGUUCAUGGAUUUAACUGGCAACCAAGCCUGCCAUCAGCCUGCUGCAUCUCAGCUGGAUGUGGCAGCAGGAUGUGCUGCAAGCUGGGAAUUCACAUUCUGCUGCAGCUCUAGAUUGAGGCAGGAAUGCUCCAGAGAGGCUCCCUGCAGACCUCAGCUCAGUAAAUGUUGUGUUGCUAGGGGUUGUAGCAAUGAGGGUAUGAAACCUGGAGAGUUAAGAUUAGUUCUGGUAAUUUUAAAGUUACAGUGGUGAUUUGGGUUCAUAAUCUUUGUUUUUCCAGUUGGGGCGGGUGGGAGGGAGGUGUAAAGGUGGAAACUCAUUAGAUGUUAACUACACACACUGUACCAGAAGGUCAUUUACCCAGGGUAUAAUUUGGCUGCAGUCCAAGCUAAAAUGGGUGAUUAAGAGCUGUGUAUCCAGGAGACUGAAUUACACAUGAGAAGUGCAUGGCUGGUGCAGGCAGGCGAGAGGGCUCUUCCUGCAGAGCAUUCCCACUUCAGGCGUUGACCUCUGUUAAACAUUUCUGAGGGGCUUUGACAUGCUGCAGUGCUGGGAAAGGCUUGAAUAGCAGCCAGCCAUGGCCGUGUCAUGAUGCUUGUGCCAUGGCUCUGCCAGUCCUCUGCAUGGAGGGGCAGGAUGAGGCUGCCUGCUCUCGGGGGGUGCUGCAGCACCCCAAAACAUCUCCCUUAGUGCAAGGAGCCUGCCGUGGUGUGCUGGGGGGCUCACAGCCCGCAGCCUGGGUCUCAGAGCAGCGAGGCAUCACGGUUACAGCUCUGUGUAGGUGAUACAGACGUACAGCAUGAGUUUGAGACUUGUAGUUAGUAGUUAACGUGUAGUGCUAGUGCCUGCCGUGGCUCUCCCUGUGCGAUAACAAAGCACGUCACCUCUGGCCACCACUUCUCGUGUUCAGUAGCCAGAAGAGCUGCUGCACUUUGACAGCACCACUGAAGACCUCCCAGCACCCAAGCCUGGCGCUGGGUUUGCUGCAGGCUGUGGCCUGCGUCCUUGUCACUGCAAACAAAGGUGCCCUGGGCUGUGGCGGUGUGAGCCCGGAGCUGCUCUGCCCUCCCUGCGGCUGCUCUAGGCCAUAGGAAAGUGUUGGGUGUCCCUGCCUCUGUCCCUGCUCCCCCACAGGCGCCUGUUGCCUUGUGCUUGACGUCGUGUAGUGACCUUCAAUAAACCACACGUGGCUCUCGA